AUCAUUCUCGAACCAAUCGUCAUCGAUUGUACGCCGGUGCCGCUAUCGUUGUAGCCACCGCCGUAACUCAAAAGUCCGAAAACUUUGGGAGAAAAAAAUUCCCUCGAUCGUACAUUCGUUUCGAGUCGCUGUAGAAAUGUUUUCGGUUUUACCCGAAAAUAUAUUUUUAAAACAUUUUCGGUGUUAAACAAUCGCGGUGGCUGGGCGUUACCCCGUGUUCGCGGUCGCUGAGAGAUAGAUGCCGCGUGACGCGGGUGUUGUGCGCUACGGGGCGUGCUCGUGUAGCUCGCGUGCGACAAAAGAUUGAAGAGAAAGUGACAGUAUUCGCUUGAUGACCGAACGCGCCGCACGGUGUCGGUUGUAUUACAAUAUAAACGUUAGAUAGGAUUUUCUCCCAUGUACGACGCCGCAGCACUCUCAUCGACGAGAUAUUAUGAUUGAAUUUUUUUUUUACUUUCUGUGACGAUGCGAAUAUAGUAGCAAUUAUUAUCAUGUGUUACGGGGCAGAUUUUUUUACUCUCCGCCGCAUCACGUUUUAAAUGAUCGGACUUGCACGCGCACAUAUCGACGAAUAAUAUUUUUUACAUUAAGCGAGGAAUUAUGACCCUAACAAGUACCCCGUGUGACCUGAGUACCAUGAGUCUGUUUCAAGACCUGAAACUGAAGAGGCGCAAAAUAGAUUCAAGGUGCAGCAGUGACGGUGAGAGCAUAGCGGACACUAGUACUUCAUCGCCAGACGUCGCUGGCCCGGCGUCCCCAUCUAACCGAAUGGACAGAUCGGUACCAUCGCCUGGACUUAUCAUAUCGAUGGAUAGAAUGGCUUCGUCUCCGGAAUGCGGCAGCAUGACCACGGACAGCGGGCAAGACCCGAAUGACGUGGGAGAUGGCGUUAAGGUGAAAGAGGAGAUGAUGGACGAUCAGCAACCAAAAGAUGCGAUCGGAACGGGAUACGAAAACGGGACGGUGGCCGAUAACAAGACGGAACCACCGUCGCCGUCGCCAUCACCUUCGGCGGUGGUCACAGCGGCGUUGGCGGCGGCGACGGCAGCAGCGCAACAGGAGCAACAGCAGCAGAGACGCGAGUCGGUGGUGAUGACCAGCCCGUUAAGUUGCGUUGUCAAGUCACCAUCAACCCCACCACCACCAUCGUCGUCGUCGUUGUCGCCACCUUUGACUUGGACGACGGCGACUGCUCAAACGAAUCCACCUCCGCUGCGGUGUUACACACCCUCCUCCGCCGCCAACUCCAUGUCGGUGACGCAGCAGUACCAGCAGCGUCGGCAAUCCGUUGUCACCUCCGUGUCAUCAGCGUUUUGGAACGCGGGCACGCAGACUUCGCCCGCGUCCACCGCGCCCGGUAACGCAUCCGUGGCCACCGCCGCCGCAGCGUCCGUGCUGUCCGUGUGUCGCAUCAACGGCGUCCGACCUGAACUCAUUGGUGGUGCCGGAUUCGCGACUACGGCUGCGGUCUCCGCCGGCAACACUGACAUGAAACCACCGGCUGCCAUACCCCCACGGACCACUCGGUCUGCACCCACUGUCAUAAUGGGCGAAGCGGGCGGAGUGCGGACCAUGAUCUGGUCCAGUCCACCCUCCACCGUGGAACAGUCAACGUCGCCCGCUAGCACGGGCUGCGGUUCCGUACCAUCAACGGUCAGCACGCCGUACUGGUCGUCCGCGGCCACGUGGUCGUCGAACACGUCGUCCACUUCAUCCCCGUCCCCGUCACCGGCAGUCAGUGAAGAGUCAGCCGCGCAUCUGUUGCUGAACCUUGGCGUGGCUGCUGGCCACGAUGUGGCGUCUGUCAUCAGCCACAUGCCCGGUCUCAGGCCCAUUGGUAGUCAGAUGCAGCAGACGUCAGUGGCUGGUGGUGGAAGUGGUGGUGGUGGAGGUGGCGGCAACGUCACCGGCGGUGGACAGCAGAGCUUUCACGUGCCGCUCAAUAUGGAACGGCUGUGGGCCGGUGAUCUGUCCCAACUCCCGGUGGCCGCUACGCAUCAGAUGCACGCGCUCAACCUGACGGCCAACACGGGACCCGGAUGGCCGAUGGCCGGUUCCAAUGGCGACAACAAGUCUGCACCUGUCAACGCAUACCACCAGAUGGAGGAGGCUGACGAACAGGAACAACCCAUGGUGUGUAUGAUCUGUGAUGACCGAGCCACGGGUCUCCAUUACGGCAUUAUCACUUGCGAAGGAUGCAAGGGGUUCUUCAAACGUACCGUCCAAAACCGGAGGAUAUACACGUGUAUAGCUGAAGGCACAUGUGAAAUAACAAAAGCUCAAAGAAACCGGUGUCAAUACUGCCGGUUUAAGAAAUGCAUCGGUCAAGGAAUGGUGUUGCAGGCCGUCCGAGAAGAUAGGAUGCCCGGUGGACGAAAUUCUGGCGCUGUAUACAACUUAUACAAGGUAAAAUAUAAGAAGAAGAGGCCCCCGAAGAACGGACAAGUCAAAAUGGAGAAGUCCGUCGCAUGCACAACGGCCAGUACCAUGACCACAAUUAAAACAGAAAACCAGGAUAACAAUUCCUCGUCCAUGUCGACUCUGGUCAACGGAACCAUAUUAAAGACUGCACUGACGAAUCCCAGCGAGGUCGUUUAUCUCAGACAACGGCUAGACAACGCUGUGAGUUCGUCGAGGGACCGUACGUUUUCGAUCGAAGCUACGGUGAACAUGAUCAAGAACCUCAUGGACUGCGACGAGUUUCAAGAUAUAGCCACUCUGAGGGUAAAUAUAUGAUAUAUUAAAAUGUUGUUGAGAAAUACGAAACUCACAGUAUGUAGAUAAGUAGAUUUUAACAUUUUGACAUUUAUUUAGUAAACGGUAACGUUAAUAAUACUGUGUCACAUUAACUUG